CCGGGUUGUGGAGACCGUUACAUGCUAUUUCCGGAUUAUUGCUCAUGCUCGCUUCGUUGUGUAGUUCAUCACCCGAAUGAUAUUUCAGAGCGAGUUUUCAUAGAUUCGCGUGUGUCUGAAAGACGAGCUCUAAGUAUAAGCUCUGAAUCAAAUGGAAGACGUUUUCAUCUAGACUCGCGCAACUGUUGAUUUACGCGUUUAAAUGAAACUUGUAAGAUUUAUGAACAGUCGUGUACCAUCUAAUAAGAGAUAUCAGCCAACAGAAUAUGAGCAUGCUGCUAACUGUGCCACACAUGCGCUCUGGAUCUUUCCCAGCAUUGUGGGUGGGAUCUUGUUGUACCUCUUAUCUGAUGACCACUGGGAGGAGAUUUCAGCAUGGCUGUAUGGAGCGGGACUAUCAAGCCUUUUCAUCAUAUCCACAGUUUUCCAUACUGUCUCCUGGAAGAAGUCUCAUCUCCGAUCAGUUGAGCACUGUUUCCACAUGUGCGACAGGAUGGUGAUCUAUUUCUUUAUUGCAGCGUCCUACACACCGUGGCUGACACUGCGGGAUCUUGGUCCAUGGGCUGCUCACAUGCGUUGGGUUGUCUGGGUGAUGGCCUCUGGAGGAACUGCCUAUGUGUUCUUCUUCCAUGAAAGGUUUAAAGUUGUAGAGCUGAUCUGUUACAUAGCAAUGGGUGUUUUCCCCGCUCUCGUUAUCCUCUCUAUGGCAGACAGGUCAGGUCUGUGUGAGCUGUUGGUUGGUGGUGGGUGUUAUGUGUUGGGCAUGGUGUUCUUUAAAAGUGAUGGAAUAGUGCCCUUUGCUCACGCUAUAUGGCACCUCUUUGUUGCAAUGGGAUCAGGCAUCCAUUACUAUGCCAUCUGGAAGUACCUGUACACACCUGUCAGUCAACCAACCAGUCUUUAACUAGCACAUACAACAGAAAUUACAUCUAGCCUUUGUGAGACUACAAGCAGCAGGGGUCAUUUUGGACCUGAGGCCGUGUGCAAUCCUGAGACUGAUAAAGGAUCCAGAACAAGAACGUUUCUAGAAAAACUAUGGACGUAUUACAUGAAGGUUUACAAUUUUUUAAAAAGGUACAGAGCAAAGUUAAAAGCACUGCCAGAUAUUUGUAAAAACACUUAACCUGAGGUAUGUUUCCCCAAAGCAUCACUAGCUAACUAUGGUUGCGAGUUGCAUUGAACUCUAUUGGUAACGAUGGAACUUGUGACCAUAGUUGCUUUUGGGAAACGCACCCCUGGUUUGUAAUUACUUGACUACAGUUUAAAGGUAUGUCUGUAGUGUUUUUAAACCGACUUGGGAUUAUUCUACUAAUUCUGCCACUGCCAGUGUGGAGAUAUUCUUAUUUAUGUGAGAAAUAUGAGUUCAUUUCAUAUUACUGUACAGUACACAGUAUCAAUUGUCCAUGCUUCUAGUCUAGUGCUAGUCUGUUGCAUUUUUGGGUGUGUAAUGUCUUUGGAAAAUGCCAUAAGUGCUUGAUGACAAUGUCCAGGAAAAGAUUUACCUGGACAGGUCAUCUGAUUUCAUGGUUUAAUGGAAAAGUUUAGAUUCUUAUAUUAUGAUUGUGCACUGUUUUUUUUUGUUUUUUUUCUGGUCAUUUUAAAAUGUGCUUCAUGGUAACGUCUAUUAAUUGGUAUUAAUCAAGUCAAAAUAUUGUUUAAUAAUAAUAUUAAAUGACUGUCUCAACUUGACUACAUUAUAGGCUUACACCAACAAAAAAUACUUUUGAGGGUUAGGUCAUAGAGAAAUAGCUCACUUUUUACAGUUUUAACAGUAUAUUGAGACUUGCAUGGGGCCAGUUUAAAGGCUUUUGCCCAUUUUACUGCAUUCCAUUUCAGUGAAAAUCUGAAAACAAAAAAGUGUUUUAUCUUAGAUGUUAUUUAUUCAUUUCAACUUACAGCUGCUGUAGAUGUUGUAUUAUGGAUCAUUUUAUAUGAGCGCUAAAUAGGGUAUAAAACAUAUACACUGAAAGUUUUUAUGGAGGCUUUUUUCCGCCACAGGAUAAAAAAGGUAAUUGCAACUUUUUGUCUCACAAUUUGGUCUUUUUCUCUUGUAAUUAUAAGAAGAAGAAAAAAAACUCAGACUUGUGAGAUAUAAACUUACAAUUGCCACUUUUUUAUCGCAAUUCCAAGGUUACCUCUCACAGGUCUGAGUUUGGAGCAACAUGAGGGUGUAAAUGAUGGCAGAAUUUUCACUUUUGUAAGAACUAUAAUACACAAUUAGCACACUUACCAUCUUAGCUUCAGUGUUUACCACUGGUCAAGGUUUGUAAAUUAGCCAUCUGUUUAUUGGACUGAUCAGCCAAAGCAUUUGCUCUCAGGGUUGCCAUCUCACUGGUUGGUACCAUCACAAUUUCUUAAGCAUUCCAUUUUUGGUGCACUCCCUUAGGCCAUGCAUAUUUUAAUAACUGUUUAACAUUGAAAAUAAACUUGAACAUUGUAGAUAGUAUUUUUAAUUAGGGCUAAUAGGUGAUCAAGGGCACGUUGGUUGUUACAGCUACAGAUUGUUAAGUCAAGUUUGACGCAGAAACAACAAGGCUGCAGUUUUUACCUCUCAGACUACUAAACUGAAGUCUAUUAAACACGUAUUUAAAUUUGUAUGGCCUUUACAAUCAUAUAAAACUCUUAAUAGUUACCAGUUGUAACAGAAUAUUUGAACAAAACGUGUAUUUAUUGUUGUACAUCUUAAAAAACAGUAUUUAAUGUAUUGUGAAUAUAGAAAGUGUUUGGUCAGUAGUUGUAAUCUAUGUGUACACAAGCUACAAAUUCAUUAUAGUGUUGAUAUUUAUCUUUGCUGUGCUAAGAUUGAACAUUUCGCAAGCAUCUCAUUUUGAUAAAGAUGUUUUAUUUGAUGAUGAGUGAAUUUCAGCUGAAAUGUGACCCUGGACCACAAAACCAGUCAUAAGGGUCAAUUUUUGGAAAUUGAGAUUUAUACAUCUUCUGAAAGUUGAAUAGAUAAGCUUUCCUUUGAUGUAUGGCUUGUUAGGAUAGGACAAUAUUUGGCUGAGAUACGACUAUUUAAAAAUCUGGAA